AGAAUUUUUUUUGUUCGCAUUUGAUAUUAAAUAUAUUAAAUAAAAAAUGUCUAAUAUGUCUGAAUGCACUAUUUGUUACGAAAGAGAUAAUGAUUUUCGUAAUAUAACUUCAAAUUGUUCUCAUCAGGCCGUUGUUUGUGUGAAGUGUGUUAAUGAAUAUAUUAAAAAUCGGAGCAAUGAAAAACAAAUCUUUAAUAUUCCCUGCCCUACAAAUGGAUGUAAUAAAUUAAUGGAAAGACAUGAUAUUAAAAAUUUCGCAACAAAAGAAGUCUUCGAAAAAUAUGAUGAACUUAUUUUCAAAAUUGCGAUUCAAAGGUUCCCGGAAUUUAGAUGGUGUAAAGCCCCUUGUGGAGCUGGACAAAUCCAUAUAGGGAAAGAUAAAACUCCAGUUGUAAUCUGUGAGAGUUGUGGUGUGGAAUCAUGUUAUAAUCAUGAUGUUGUCUGGCAUGCUGAUCAAACUUGCAAAGAAUACGAUAUGAAAAAUAAAAAAUCAGAUUUUGUUACUAAGAAUUAUAUUUCACGAGAAACAAGAGGAUGUCCUGGGUGUUCUAUACCUAUUGUGAAAAAUGGAGGAUGUGAUCAUAUAACUUGCACCAAAUGUGGACAUCAAUUUUGUUGGCUAUGUCUACAAACACAUCCUCUCCAUAAGCCUACAUGUGGUAAAUUGAGAAAAUGGGGUAGAUGGGUUGCAAAAUUUUCAUUUCUAAGCUGUUCACGUACAACUUAUUUAGACUCAUAAAAUCUGUCUUAUGUUUAUAUACCUGAUAUGAAAAAAUCUGUUAUUCUUUUUUUAUUUCACGAUUUUAUAAAAAAUUGAUCUAAAUCUAUGUAUUGGUUCUUUCAUUAUUAUUAUACCAGGACUUUUUCAAACUUUCGUAAUAGUGCAAUGUCUUG